ACACGCGGCGGAAUGUUGGAAGCCGGGGAGCACUUGGGCUCUGGAGCAGGCAAAAAGAAAUCUGGUCAACGAGUACUUUCUCGUGGGGGUCACCGAGGAAAUGGACGAGUUCAUAGAGUUGCUCGAGCUGGCGCUGCCCAGGUUCUUCAAAGGUGCCACGGACUAUUUCCGCAAAUCGAGCAAGUCCCAUCUGCGGCGAACAAAGUCCAAGGUGGACCCGCAGCCGGAAACCAUCAACCAGAUCCAGAAGUCGUCCAUCUGGCAGAUGGAGAAUGAACUGUACGAGUUCGCUCUGGAGCAGUUCCACUUCAUGCAGAAGAAACUUCGCACGCCCUCAGGUAAGAGCUCAAUGCAGGAUUUUUUCUACGAAAAGAUCAAACCAAAUCAAAUCGCCGCCUCCGCCGGUCGUAACUAGCUCUCGGUUCGAUGGGGAGCGAGGAGGCCCGGGUUGUGAUAGGGAGGGGACGAAAGACUUCAAUCUCAGUCAAUGGGUGCGAGAGGACCGAGAGGAGACCGUAAGGAUAUUGAAUUUGUGAGUCUAAAAAGUAGUGCUGUUGAUUAGUUGGUAAAUUUUCUUGAUGGAAAAGGCGUGACGUUUUUUUUAUUCAAUCGGAGAAUUGAUGAAACGAGUGAAUGAUUUAGAUUGUAGGCAAAGAAAAGACCGGUUUUAGAAUAUAUUUGUACAACUAGCUGUACCUUCAGUUUACCUCAUUUGUAGAUAAUUUUCCUAAGUUCAUUCCACGGCGUUUAAAAUUUUAAACCAUUGAUUUAGCAAAAGUAUCUUCACUAAGAAAAAAAAAAAAGUCAACACAUACAAUAAUGAAACGAUACAAAAUCAAUAAUAAUAAAACAUUUUUAUAUUACUGAA